GUAGCGAUAUUAAUUCGGUAAGGAGAAAUGGGUUUGUUCAGUGGUUUUAGGGCAAAAUUUACCCGCGAUGCUCCGCCUAAAAAGAGCAAAAAAACAUUGCAAACCGGAGUGGUGGCUUUAAACAUUAAGUUCACAUCGGAAUUCGACUUGCCUAAUAGUUCCUCUCCCACAAGCAAUGGAACCAAACCAACGACAUACCGCAUACCACUAGCCCGAUCGGAAACAUUCGAAUCCAACAGAAGAAAUUUACUAGAAAAACUAAAAAGCAAAUCCCUAACAAACAUUUCGCCAUCCGAAAGCAAAGAGCCCGAACUCCCAACGACGGCCCCCAAGAAAUCGUCUCUAAAAAAGACGCAAAGUUUCCAACAACCGCGAGUUUCCACCGAAGAGCCCAAUUCGACGUACGUGGAGCCGAAUUCGCCCGUCAAAAAAUCGAAUAGCGCCCGAGAAAUCAGCAGAACAUCUCAAGAGGACGAAUAUAAUUACACCUACACGGACCCAUCUGAUGGAUCGCAUACUUACGAAAAAAUCUUCUACAACGAAGACCCUUCUCCUCUGAUAAUGAUGACUCAACACGAACCCGAAAUCCGCUCGCCUGAUUUCGAUCGAUUCGAGCAAUCCAAACCGGUACACGAUCCGGAAAUACUCCACAACAACACCGAGGAUUUCGAUUUUAAAUCCGAACCGGUACACGUUCCGGAGAUAGUUCACAACAACGACGAGGAUUUCGAUUUCAAAAUCAACGUCGUGCAACACGACAGGAAUUACACGUCGGAGGACGAGUUGUCUUACGUCGAAGACGAGUCACCUUACGCGGAGGACGAGCAACCGCCGAGCUUCGUAGGCUACAGUAGCCAAGCUGCUAAUAUAUUCUUCGGCGGAGGGGCGGACGUGCCGCCGGCCGCGAGACCGAGGAGGAAUAAACUUCAAAUUAGAAGCGAUAGUUACGAGGAAAUGGAUUGCUGAACAUUCGAUCGGAGUAAAUUGAAGAUUGAUAUUUUUAGUGCGUUGGAAUUUAUUGAAGGAUUCUAAUUGUAAGCUGAUUUUGGUGCAGUAGAGAAGGUGAAAUUAAGUUCAAAUUAAUGUUUUUUUUUAUUUAUCAUAUACAGGGUGUAUGAUAAACCUGUACCUUGAAAGUGCAGUUAAUGAAGUUAAUUAAGUAACAAAUUAAAAAAAAUAUCUCAGGAAUACUGAAACUUAACAAAUUUGGUAUAGGUUGCGAGUGUGCUAAGAGCAUUAACCGAUAGUUAUGGGAGAUCAAUUGAUUUAUUUCAAAUUGUUCAUCAGGGAUGAUGUUUCUUUAAAAUAUUACAGGUUUUUUAUCUGAUGAAUGAUUUUAAAAAUUUAUUAGUUAAUUUCAUAGGCAUUUUCAUUAAAAAUUUUUGUUAUUCUCUUCCUUUUUUAAAAUUUUUUAUCGUUUCGAUUAAAAACGCUAAAAAUAAAGUCAUGUACUCUAUCAAUGUUACUUAAAAUCGUCGAUAAUUCAAAGGUUGGCUGAAUUAAUUUAAAGUUGAAGGUUAA